AUGGCACAGGUGGAGGAGUCAGUACUUCAGGCAGGAAACACAGCCCCUGGCUCAGACGAAAUCCCAACCUGCAUACUUAAAGUGACUGAUUGGUCCUUACCUAGAUCAUAUAGACCGAUUGCUCUCCUAUCAGUUCUUGGCAAAGGACUUGAGCGCUUGGUGGCAUGGAAUAUGGCAUGGAUCUCUAUACACUAUAAAGUAUUAGCAAGGCAACAGUUUAGGGCUCUCCCACUAAGAUCUGCAAAUGAUCUAACCACAUGCCUAACAUAUGAUGUUGAACAAGCACUAAAUCAAGGCAUGACUGCCUCACUCCUUACCCUAGAUGUCAAGAGCGCUUUUGAUGCCGUGCUUCCCGGCAGACUCAUCCGCAGAUUACGUGAGCAGGGCUGGCCCACUAAUCUUAUUCUCUGGAUUGCCUCCUUUGCUACUGGGCGAUCAGUCCAGAUCCGACUCAAUGGAGAGAUUGACCCCUCAACAGACAUUGCCUGCGGUCUUCCACAAGGAUCCCCAGUAUCUAGCAUUCUUUUCAUACUCUACAUAGCGCCCCUAUUCUGUCUAGGAAACCCAAGGAACAGAUUUGGUUACGCAGACGAUGCAGCUAACCUGGCAAUCUCAACAUCUCUUGCUACUAACUGCGAAGCAUUAUCAGACUCACUACAAGAAGCUCUAAACUAG